AGUCAUUGCAGAUAUCUAGCGCAAAACCACAUCACAUCGCGUAACCCCACCAAAACAAAACACAGCCAUGGCCGAAGCAGGUCAGUCGAACGUACCCACGUUCAAGCUCGUCCUUGUUGGUGAUGGCGGUACUGGCAAGACCACCUUCGUGAAGCGCCAUUUGACCGGCGAGUUCGAGAAGAAGUACAUUGCGACGCUCGGCGUAGAAGUUCACCCCCUCGGAUUCACAACCAACCUGGGCCCCAUUCAGUUCGAUGUGUGGGAUACUGCCGGUCAGGAGAAGUUCGGUGGUCUCCGUGAUGGAUAUUACAUCAACGGCCACUGCGGCAUCAUCAUGUUCGACGUGACUUCGCGUAUCACAUACAAGAACGUUCCCAACUGGCAUCGCGAUCUCGUCCGUGUGUGCGAGAACAUCCCCAUCGUUCUGUGCGGUAACAAGGUCGAUGUCAAGGAGCGCAAGGUGAAGGCCAAGUCCAUCACCUUCCAUCGCAAGAAGAACCUUCAGUACUACGACAUUUCCGCCAAGUCCAAUUAUAACUUCGAGAAACCUUUCCUUUGGCUCGCCCGGAAACUUGUUGGUAACCAGACUCUGGAGUUCGUCGCUGCCCCCGCUCUGGCACCUCCCGAGGUCCAAGUCGACCAGGCCGUUCUCGAGCAGUACCAGAAGGAAAUGGCCGAUGCGGCCCGGCUGCCUCUGCCCGACGAGGACGAUGCCGACUUGUAGAGGAUGAGAACCUACGACUGCAUACUGCAGCUGCUACCCAGCUGUGAGCGUGUAAGAGUGGAUAUGAACUAGCUACGGAAACUGCUUGGAUCAUUUGGGCGAGAAAUGGUGCAGGUCUGGGCACGAUGCUAUUUCGUGGGGUAAUUGAGGGUAGGGAGGAAAUCGCCCGAAGGCAGGAAUGUGUGUCUUGGAGCGGGGGAUCCCAUAUAGUCUAGAGGGCAAGCCAGGUUAGCUGGCGGUGCUCGGAAUAUGAGCUAGACGAUUGUAUGGAG